UUUUGUGAGGUUAGAAUCGUUAUAAUAUUUUGAAAUUGUUUAGUAAUCAAACAAGAAAUGUUUUUUAAUUCAAAUUUUAAUACAAUAAAGUAUUUUUAAAAACUAUUCCUGAUUGUUCGGGGAUACAUUACUGAAUAUCAAUCAAGCAACAACAACUUUUAUGUAAAAUAAGUUUAAAGUAUCUGACAUUCAAUUUUAACACAAAAUUUAGAGUUUUUUAAAAUGUUUAAACCUGGUUUUAUACGAAAAAUUAACGUGCGCAACUUCGUGACCUACGACUAUGCAGAAUUAUAUCCUGGGCCCCAUUUAAACAUGAUAGUUGGACCUAACGGUACAGGAAAAUCUACCAUGGUGGCAGCUAUCAUUUUAGGUCUUGGAGGUAGCCCUAAAGUAGUUGGGAGAGGCACAAGAAUCUCAGAAUAUGUAAAACAUGGCUGUGAGUUUAGCGUAAUCAAUGUUUACCUCCAGCAAGGACAGGAAAAUAGUUAUUUGCAAAUCACGAGGGAAUUUGAUACAAGUGAUAAAACCUCUUGGAAAAUCAACAAUCGUCAGUGCUCAUUUAAUGAUGUCCUGGCUCGUACAAAAGAGUUUAACAUCCAAGUAGACAACCUUUGUCAAUUUUUACCACAGGAUCGGGUAGCUGACUUUGCAAAACUUAACAAAAAAGACCUUUUAAAACAGACACAGUUAGCUUUAUGCAGAGAUGAUUUAAUUGAUAAACAGAAUUCUCUGAUUAAGAUUAAAGAGCUACACAGUAAUUUGUUAAAAAGAAGUAAAGAUAUUUCAUCAAAACUUCAAGAUGCUGCUGAUGCAAACUCAAGACUCGAAGGAAAAGUAAUAAGUUUUAAUAAAAUGUGUGAAUAUAAAGAAAGAAUUAAACAUGUUGACAGAAAGAUUGCUUGGACAAUCUAUGAAGAAAAAAGAGCACAAUUGGGUGAAUUAAAAAAUGAUAAAUCCAAAGCAAAUGAAGUUCUGCAACAACAUAAGAACGAAAUGAAACCUAUGGAGAUGGUAAUUAAUCAAUUCAAACAGAAAUAUACAGAAUUUUUACAAGUAAACUCCAAGACUACUCACAAUAUAAGAAACAAGGAAGAAAAUAUCGAUCUUACUAGUGAAAAAAUCGACAAAUUCUCGUCAAAAAUUCGCGAAAUUGAAGACGAAAUCAGAAUUAAAUUGUCCGAGAUUGACCAAUGGAAUCAUCAAAUUGAAAUAGCAGUGACAAAAUUAGAGGACAUGAAGAAAUUACAAGACAGUGUGCUGAUAAAAAUUAAACAAGGAGACAGUGAAAAAUUAAUUGCCUCAAAGGAAAUUAACACUUGUACUACCUUAACAAGACAAUUGAGGGCUAAAAAAGAACAAACAGAACAAGAUAUGUCUGAACUAAAAGCUGAACUCGGUGUAUUAAAGAAUGAGUAUGACAGAAUACAGAAUGUCAAGCAAGCCAGGCUGGAACAGCUAAGAAGAACCAAUGAAGACGCUUAUAGAGCUGUUUUAUGGUUAAGAAAUAACAAACACCUUUUUCAAAGUGAAAUAUUCGAGCCUAUAUUAUUGGAACUGAAUAUCCUGGAUACAAAUCAGGCUAAAUACGUGGAAUCCAUGAUUCUCUUGAGAGACAAAGUGGCAUUUACUUGUACUAAUAAGAACGACAUGAACCUUUUGAUUAAAUGCUUGAGAGAGCAACAGGGGUUGUCAGUGAAUGUUCUACAUUCCGAUCCUCAAUCCAAUGCCAGUUAUCAAUCUAACAUUCCCAUAGAACAUCUGAGAAAAUACGGGUUCUAUACCUAUGUAAAUAUGCUGUUUACUGCUCCUGAGCCUAUAGUGCAUUAUUUGUGUCAAACGUAUCGGUUGCAUAACAUUCCUGUAGGAGACCACAGUACUAAUGCUUGCUAUGAGCAAGUACCUAAGCAGUUGACCGUAUUUUUCAGUGAUAAAUUUAGGUAUAAAAUAUCAUUUUCCAAGUAUACAGAAGAAAAGAGUACCAGUCAAAACGGGAUCAGCGGGGACGGAGGAUUUUCCUUAUCUCUAGAUAUCGUACGGCUUGAAAACAUUAAAGGCCGCUGUGUAGAUAUGGAACGAAGAAUUCAAGAGCUGCGCACGCAGGUCGAGAAUGCGGACGCUCAAAUUAUAAAGUUGGAUGAAAAAGGUCGAGUUUAUAGGGAAAAACUGAUGGAAAUACAAAAACAGAAACAGCAAGCUGACUUGAUCAAAAAUCGGAUCUUGGAGGCUCAACAGAAUUUGAAUUCGAUGAGGAACACCAAUAAAAAUCCGGAAAUCAUCAGACAGGAAGGUAGGAACAAACUGCAAAAAUUGGUUGAAGGACUUGUGCUGGUACAAGGUACCUUAAAGAACCAAUUGGUGGAACUGAAAAACUUGGUUGUAUUGAGCAGUGUGAAUUCCUUGAAGAUAGAAUGGCUGAGGGAAAAAAUCGAGUGUGUCGAGAAUGAUAUGGCUGAAAAGAAGGGACGCCUUAGAGAAGCUGAAGAACUGUACAACGCCAUAGCGGACAGAUACAGUGGGGUUAUGCAGGAGGCCAAAGCUCAACUUUUGAAAGCCAAAGAACUGUCAGAUGGCCUGACACCUGCCGAUGACGGCUUCGAUAAAUUCAGGGACAUGUACGAUCAACUGUCAAGUAACCUGGAGGAAUUGAACGCCCAAAAAGAGAACAUCGAUUCGAGAAUCGCAUGUUUAAACACUGCAGACGACGGAGAAAUUAAAGAAUACGAAAACAGGUGUAAAGCCAUUGAUGCAAUGGCCAAAGACUCUGAAACUCUGGCCAGUGAAAUCGAGAAGAUCGAGGCCAAAAUGGAUCGCAAGAGAAAGGAAUGGUUAGAUCCUUUGAGUGAACUAGUUACGGGCAUAAGUAAACGGUUUUCUACGGCAUUUGAACUUAUGGGCUGUGCUGGGGAGAUUUCCAUAACCCAUGGAGACGAUGAACGCAACUUUGCCGAUUACAGCUUAUCAAUAAAGGUGACAUAUAGAAAUGGUGAGCCACUGCAGGAAUUGAAUGCCACAGUUCAGAGUGGCGGUGAAAGAGCAGUGGCCACGGCAGUGUUCAUGUUAGCCUUACAAGAAUUAACACCAGUGCCAUUCAGAUGCGUAGACGAAAUAAAUCAAGGUAUGGAUGCUAACAAUGAGCGUCGUGUUUUUGAACUUAUAGUAGAGACAACUUGCCAAGAGAACACGUCACAGUACUUCCUCAUUACUCCCAAAUUGGUACCAAAUUUACGGUACCCAAAACAGAUGAUGGUUCAUUUCAUACACAACGGACCCUUCGUGAAUGCUGACAGAAAAUGGUCUUAUUCGAAAUUAUGUAACCCACAAGGCGUUAGAUAAAACUUACGUGGUUUUAACAUAUUUAUGUCAUUUUUAUAUAUAUAUACAUAGUUAGUUACUUUGUGCCUUAUAAUAUAUUAUAGAUUUUAGACAUUUUUUUUUCGUUCGUUUUCGUGUUUUUACCAAAAUGUUACCUUUAUGUGUUGUUUAUUUUUACUUUAAUAAAUAGUAUUUUUAGUAG